AUGUGUGGAUAACAUGUGCCAGAAAAAUUCAACUUGUCAAGACGGAGUGAAUAACUACACAUGUAGUUGCAUGUCAGGGUAUACCGGUAUCUACUGUGACACUGAGAUUGAUGAGUGUUCAAGCUCUCCAUGUCAGAAUGGCGGAAGGUGUGAGGACAGUCUUGACAGUUUCACGUGCCAAUGUGCGUCGACGGGAUACCGAGGUCAACUAUGUGAAAUCGACAUUGAUGAAUGCCAGGAUGAACAAGCUUGUCCAUCCAACAAGAUCUGUGCCAAUGUAAAUGGGAGUUACGAUUGCAACACCAAACCUCCGGAACCGACUCCCAUUCCAGGAAUGUGUCGUACCAGCGUGUGCUAUAAUGAAGGAUCAUGCCAGAUCAUCGAUGGUAGCUACCAGUGUGUAUGUUCAGAUCACUUUUCAGGCGAGCUUUGUGAGACUCCCACAGAGCUAUGUUUGUCAAGCCAAUGCCAGAACGAUGGAAGCUGCCAAGUACUAACUGCGGAGAAUGGGUCCGUCUAUUACAUUUGCCAAUGCCCGGAAGAUUAUGCAGGAACCAACUGUGAACAUCUUUCAGGGCUUCAGACGGGAACAGGUCAGGGAGGAGGCUUCACUUACUGGUACAUCGUGCUGAUCGGAAUAAUCAUCGUAAUCAUCUUGACAGCAGCAGGUUUUUACAAAGUUCGUAGGGAUAGGAGAGAUAAAUUUAUGGAUGAUGAACCGCCAGUGUUCGCCAAUCCACACACGGAUAGUAUCAGCAUACCAACGACACUCGGUGCUACAGCAGGCCCACCCCUUCCACCAAAGGGUAAGUUAGACGAUCCCAACAUGUCCAUGACCUUCACAAACAACAUUUACUCUGACAUCGAUGGGACUGAGGUUCGUGGGGCCUGUGCGUUAUCCACCAACCCGAAAGACACGAAAGAUGACUUCGAGAAGGAGAACCCCUACGCUACAGGAGGCUAUCUUCAUAAUAAUGGUCAAGAAGCACAAUUCGAGAACCCUUAUGAAUUCGCAAGAGAUCCUGAUGUAACGGAUGCCCAUCCUGUAAAGGAAAACGACUACUCUUCGGACCCAACGAGUGUUAAAAGUGCACAGAAUCCAUUCAAUUUAGAUGGCCCUUACUCAACAAAGAUCUAUCUGGACAAGGAGCCGCCUCGCCCAAUAUCGACCAGCAUCCCGUCACCACUUCCACAUCGAGAUAAUUCAACGAGGGCUGUCCCAUCUGAGUACGAUGUACCAGUCUCUCAAGGUGAUAAUUCGACAAGGAAGGUCCCGUCUGAUUACGAUGUACCUCGUACGAUGUCCUCAACGAUUAUUCCUAGUCCAACUAGUGGUGAGCCACCAUAUUCCUUUAACAUCUACACUCAGGAUGAAGACGUGUCGACUCCUAACGAAGUAUCAUCACCAACCAAUCCCAAGAAUCCUUGAUCUCAGACUGCUGAAGCAACACCCAACGGAGAGGAACAACAUCCCAAACCCACCAGCGGACCACCCACUCCAUGUCUCCAUCUAGUCCUAAUAAUCUAUACUCGACUUCUAUUUCUAAUGGCGGAAGCUCUAAAACCAAAGCUUGAUGAGAUUUUUUUCUUCAAUAAAGAUCAUAAAAAUGGAGAUCAUGAUUAAUUUAGUUUCCUAUCGGUGACACAAAAUACAAUAUUUUAGAGUCAUAACUGAAGAGCAAGAUGUUUUAAUUUCAAUUUAAAUUCGUCACUGGCGAUAAAUAAUAUUCAAAGCAUAUGAUAGAUGAUAUUUUGUUGUGCAUUCGAAAAGUAUUAAUGGUAAUAAACAUAAAAAAGGUGGCUUAAUUCUUAUAUAGCGCACAUGGCCGUCACGUUGGUACGCUCCUGGUGCUGCCCGGGCCCGAUUAUUACCCUGGCUUUAGUUAUGUGGUAAAGUAGGGGAUAGUUGUUGCAAUGAUAAAACUUGGGUUGAGUGAAUGACUUUAGCUUUGAAGGCGUAUGCAGUAGUAUGCAGUAGUUCCUUUUGUAGUUACAGAUUAGUUAAUUUAAUUACGCAUUAUUCC